AAGUCAGUCCAGUCCGGCCAUUCAAGCCACUCCAUUUGACUCUUAUCUGCCAUAAAAGCCCCUCCGCAUAAUCAUUGCACUUAUUUGCAGAAAGUGUCUGUAAGGGCCGCCCUAUUUUUACUAUUUCCAGAUCAUUUACACGUGGAUGGUGUCUCCUGCAUCCCCGUCAUCCUCGUCCCAGGGUGCAAUCACGAGUCAUUGAAACAUCAGGAUAUUGAGUAAACAGCACUGUCGGCACGCGCCAGGUGGUGCGUCGGCGGUUAAAUUUUGAUGAUCGUCACCGUGACAUCAUCAUCAUCACCCGGGGAAUUCACCUAAUCUAUCGAGAAAAACACUCGGACUGGGCGGUGGGAGGUGCGGCAGAGGAGGAGAUUUGAAAUAUAAAAUCAAGUGUGUGUUUUGUGUUUACUCUUGUCACCUGAAUGUGAGUGGACGCGGGUGUGUUCUUCUGUGUAUAUUUUUUUUUCUCUCUCUCUCUCUCUUUCUGUGGGCUGUAGGUGUGUGUAAGGAGUGGUGACGGAGGGCUAGCGACGACACGGCGCGGGAAAGGAUCCAGAGUCGUGUGGACACCGUUGAGGAUCAUGGAGAGGACAAUGGGAUUCGUCGGACUUCUGUGGCUGACGUUGCUUUUUGCUACACCAGAACUGGGAUAUGCCAGGGAGAGACGUAGGAAUUACUAUGGCGCUGAAAUUGGUAGACUGAGGGACUAUGCCCAUGGCAUCAGGGGAACUGUCUAUGCUAUUGAUGAGACAACAAUGUUCAUCAAAGGAUUUUCAUACGAUGGAACAGCACCGGACGCCUUCUUCUGGAUUGGAGAUAGUCAGAGACCUAGUCCUGAGGGUGACAUUGUACCGUAUCCGGAGAAUUACCCUGGCAGGGAUCCACCAGUUCUCAAGGCUUACAACAAUACUGACGUUAUACUCAGACUACCACAGGGAAAAAGGAUAAGAGAUAUCAAGUGGCUCAGUGUCUGGUGCAGGAGAUUCACGGUGGACUUUGGGGACAUCGCAAUACCCCCGAACUUAGACAUCCCCAAGCCCCGAAUUCUCCCGGAGUUCUCCCGUCUCGCUCACGGCCUACGAAGCGGCAACAUCAGCAUACUGGACAGUAAAACCAUUUAUAUACCAAAUUUGCAUUACGACGGUGCCGGACCGGACGCCUACUUCUGGGUUGGAACUGGCUCUGAGCCCAAUAUCAUGGGCACCAAAGUUCCCAAUGAAAUUGGAAGUUUGACAAAAUUGCGAGGGUACCAGGGGGAGGAUAUUGAAAUCGUUCUGCCUGGAAAUCUAACGGUGUUUGAUAUUGACUGGUUGUCGGUGUGGUGUGUCCAGUACAAACAUAAUUUCGGACAUGUGAUGAUACCAAAAGAUCUGGAUGUGCCACCUGCAUUGGGACAGACCAAAAUUACAACGAGCAAUAGCCCUCCAAUCGGUGGUAUGCCAGGAUCCAGUGGGCAGGAGUUAACCAACUGCAAAGAAUUAUUGCAAGGUCGUGUUCAAGUACAGUGGGAAGUUAUGGGUGAGGACGUAUGGAUUCGAGUAUCAGGACGGAUAAGGGAGGAUCAGUAUGUCGCCUUUGGUCUAUCUGGACGUGAGGGUAAAGCACAAAUGGAAGGUGGUGAUGUGGUGGUGGUGGGAUACGACAAAAGGAAGAAGAAGUUCAUGGCUGAGGAUUACUACAUGUCGGAUUUGGCACAGUGCGAUGGUAGGAAGGGAGUUUGUCCCGAUGAGAAAAUCGGAGGCAAGAAUGAUGUUAUUUUGAUCGAUGGAGGGAGGAAGAAUGGCAUCACCACUGUGACUUACAAACGCCCCUUGCGCACAAACGAACCCGAAAAAGACCGAAUAAUUCCCGAGGAUGGUGAAACAAGUGUGAUAGCCGCCAUCGGACAGCUCAAUGACAGGGCAGAAGCGAACGCCCACUCACAUGGGGACACGACCGUCGAAGACAUUCGCAUUGACUUUACCUCGAGAAAUGUCCACGAGUGCAUAAACUCAUUAUACAACAUUCCAGACGAUCCCGAGGACAAUCUCAUUCCCUGGCCUCCAGCGACGAUUAUGGACGAGAACAACUUCACUGCCAGAAUCGGCCCCACUGGAGGCAAGAGGGGCUACUCCAAGAUCACUGGCCAGCCGUCCUGGGGCAUUGCCUGGUACAUCAACGACCUUCUCAUCCCCGAGAUCACAGUUGAGAGGGGCCAAACCUACACCUUCAUCGUCGAGGGAGGAAAUGAUUCGGCGAAUCCUGCACGUUACCAUCCGCUUUACAUCACUGACAGUCCCGAGGGUGGCUUUGGACAGAAGACCAAGGACGAGCAGAAAAACGAGAAGGUCUUCGCCGGGCUCAGGUACAGUCCUAAUAACGAACCGGAGCCCACUGCUGCUGGACGUUACUGCGAAUGGGCCCAUAAGACCGUUGACAUGAGCUUUGAAUCAUCGACUUUUGAAAAUUACUUUGAAACUCUCAGACUUGAGUGUCACUCGGGGGAACCAGCGAAGCUCAUCUGGACGGUCACCCAGGAUACGCCCGAUCUUGUUUACUAUCAGUGUUACUCCCACAAGAAUCUCGGCUGGAAGAUCAACGUCCGAGACUCGGGUUACAGUUCUCGUCACGGUACCAGUGACACAGCUGCAACAGCCACCAAUUUUCUCACGACUGUCCUAAUCAGUCUCUACGUCCUCCUGAGAUGAAUCGACGGAUUCACACGAUAUUGACGAUAUGAAUUAAUGACACAUACACAUACAGCAACGUACAAUUAAAGCCAGAGAAAUCACCAGAACACAGGAAAAAAAAAAAUGGAGAACAAGUAAGUGGAAAAUUGAAGCAAUUAAAGGUUGUAAGAAAGUACUUAGUGUAAGAAUGAUAAGCUGUAAAAUGGGAAGGCUAUAGAGAGGACUGGCGAGAUAUUUUUAAGACCUAUCAGAUUCAAUAUUUCAUAUUAUUAUUAUACAUAUAUUAUAUAUAUACAUACAGUAAUGUAGGGGAGGGGAAGGAUGAGAGCGAUGGGGUGAGAUUAUUGAAUUACAAACGUCCGCGAGUGAGGGAAGAAUCAAUCGAAAUUAUUGACAAUAUCAGAAGGAAAAUGUGAAAUAAAAUGAAAAUUAUCGGUGCAGCAUGACAAUACAUGAGAGACUGAGGCCUCUUAGACAAUAAAAGUUGCAUCGAAAUAUCAAUUUGAAUUUUGAAAAUUUUAUUCUCGAAGUAAUCGACAAUAUCGAGCGGAUUUUGACAAUAAUAAUGAUGGUUAUCAAAUUUUCCUGCAGCAAAAGCAACAAUUGAAAGUAUUAAUGAAAGAAUUGAUUAAUUGUAAAAUUAAAAAGAAUUUGAUAAAUAAAUUUUUUUUUGGUUUCAAUGGGGAGUGGAUUGACGGUGAAACUCACUGUGAAAUGGUGUAAAUUUUUGCACAAAAUAAUUAGAGAAUGAUUUUAAUAAUAAUUUUAUAAUUAAUGAUAUACAUAUACUGAUAAGAGGUAAAAUCGAUAUAGCAUCUAUACGAUUGAAGAAACAAAAUAAAAUGCUGUCUGUUUGACAAUAA